AUAUGACCUGCGUUCAUUCCUGUACUUGUAGUACCGCUGUGACGCGCGCUGUGUGAAGCGCAUUUCUCCGUCGCUCGCGAGAGGAGCUCAGUAUUAUCAUGUACCAGACCGCUGUGCUGCACUGAAAUACUGUCGGAUAUUUUUUCAAACAGCGGGCUCAUUCUCUUAUUUACAGAAUAGACGUGAUUACGGGAGACGAUGCCUGAAGAAAAAGCAUUUCACCAGCAGGCUGUUCACAGUUCCCUGGAACAGCAGAAGGGACAGCGGCAAAGCGGCCCCAUCCCGUGUCAAAACUGUGGCAAGCCCUGCAAAGGCGAGGUGCUCCGGGUGCAGAACAAACACUUCCACAUCAAGUGCUUUGUCUGCAAAGUUUGUGGAUGUGACUUGGCUCAGGGAGGCUUUUUUGUGCGUCAGGGUGAUUAUAUCUGCACUCUGGAUUAUCAGCGACUCUAUGGCACCCGCUGCUUCAGUUGUGAAGAGUUCAUUGAAGGGGAAGUUGUGUCCGCCCUGGGCAAGACAUACCAUCCACGCUGCUUUGUCUGUGCCAUCUGCAAGCAGCUGUUUCCAGCUGGGGGCCGCGUGACGUUUAAUGGGAAGGAGUGCGUUUGUGAGAAAUGCAUCCAGCCAGUCAACAGCACGGCACCCCCACAGGCUGUGCACAAUUGCUGUGGCUGUGGAAAGGAGUUUAAAAGUGAGCAGUCUCUGGUGGCGUUGGACAAGCACUGGCAUCUUGGCUGCUUCAAGUGCAAAGUGUGCAAUAAAGUGCUAAAUGCAGAAUAUAUCAGCAUGGACGGGAUCCCCUACUGUGAGGCAGACUACCAUGCCAUGUUCGGUAUCCAGUGUGACACUUGCAAGAAAUACAUCACUGGAAAAGUACUUGAGGCUGGAGAAAAACACUAUCAUCCCACAUGUGCCAGAUGUGCACGUUGUGACCAGAUGUUUGGGGAGGGGGAGGAGAUGUACCUGCAAGGUUCUUCCAUUUGGCAUCCUCCUUGCAGACAGGCAGCACGUAUGGAGGAGAAGAGUAAGAAACAGGUGCGGAUUCAGCUCAGUGAUCUCCAUUCCAAUGUACCUGAGCAGGUGACGAGAACCUCCUCUGAGAGCAUCACCUCUGCUCCUGCCUCCAGUGCAUCGGGCUCCCCUAGCAGAGUUAUCUAUGCAAAGCUGGGUGAUGAACUUCUGGACUACAAGGACCUGGCUGCUCUUCCUAAAAUCAAAGCGAUCUACAACAUUGACAGACCUGACAUGCUCUCAUACUCGCCCUAUGUUAGCUACCCUGUGGAGGAUAGGACCUUUGGAGAGUCACCACAGCAACUCACCCCUACUCCAACUGAGGGAGAUGGGGAAAAGUCUCCCCGGCAGAGGAGGCCCUCCAGCCCCAGCUCCAACAGCUCUGUAGGGGGUUAUGGCCGCUAUACGCCUUCCCGCUCACCUCAGACCUACAGCAGACCAGAGCAAUAUCUGAGUGUCAAAUACACCACUCAUCCAGAAAAUGCCAACUUGUUGGCUGUUCCAACUUCGGGGAGGAGUAGUGUCCAUGGUAGUGCCAGAGGCUCCUCCCCACUACCUUUGUACAGCGGCAGUGGUAGAAAUACACCACAGACAGGGAGCGGUGGCGUGGCCCUGCCCCUCAACCCCACUACUCUGGCUUUGCUCCAACAGCACAACUACAUCCCUUACUUCAGAGGAAUUGAGACAGGAUUCAAACAGGAAGCAAAGUCUGAAAGUAGGCCUAGGACAGCCCUGCACCUCAAUUUGCCUUCUCACGGUAGUGAAAGUGGUCGGAGUACCCCCAGUCUCUCCACCUACUCUCAUAGCAAAUCUCCUUCCUCAACAUACGUGGCAGCCCCACGACAUUUCCAUAUCCCAGAGACUAAAGUCAAAGAUAAUAUCUAUAGAAAGCCCCCUAUCUACCAACAGCAUGCUUCCAGAACCUCCUGGCAAGAUGGUGAUGACGUAGACAGAAAGACCAGAACAAGUUGGAUGAACCUGAAGAGUGAGAUGGAUAGACAGUCUCCAGAUCUGGACCCCAGGACCUCCACCCACAGCUUACCCACCGAUAUUUCUCAACCCAACUUUCCAUACAAUAAGUCUGCUUCGCUGCCAGGAUAUGGGCGGAAUGGCAUAUACAAGGCGGCUGAUCUUGGCGAGGAUGAGGGCGAUCAUGACUCAUCCUGGAGUGGAAUGAGAGAGUACAAGGUCUACCCCUAUGACAUGCUUGCUGUGACCCACAGAGUCAGAGUAAAACUACCACGGGAUGUCGACCGCACCAGACUGGAGAGGCACCUGUCACCUGAGGACUUCUACAACGUGUUUGGGAUGACCAUUGAACAGUUUGACCGUUUGGCCUUGUGGAAGAAAAAUGACCUUAAGAAGAAAGCCCGCUUGUUUUAAGUUACGCUGAAUCGCUUGAAGGAAAGCAAAGAUAAAGAGAAAACCUCUUCUCAUCCGUCCUGUGUGCAUGGAGGAAUGAGUGUGAGAGAAAUAUAUAUGCACCACCGUUCUGCUGCAUAGCUACUGUCAUCCCAUCUCACGCUGAGGAAGAGGGAGCGCUUUCACAACGCUGUUUGCCACCUAGCUCCGUUCAUGAACGCCACACCACAUGGUCUGAAUGUUACUCUGAUGAUGGGGAGUCAGAGCUGAAUUCUUUACUGCUCUCCUUGUUUUUCUCUUUGAUUGUCUUUGAUCUUGCUCCCCCGGCUGUCUUUGUGAUUACUGCGUUGUAUUCUCUCUUUGUGGAAAAAAACACUCAAUAUUGAUAUAAGCCACUUUCUUUACAUUUUAUACCGUUGAUAAACAUGGCCAGCCAGCUCUACUUGUAAGUCUUUUUGUUAUGUAAUAAUAUCAAUCUUCCCCUCUCCCCUUGUCUUUAUUUUUGACUGAAAUGAAUGUUGUCCAACGUUUACGUCUUGUCCUCGUCUACUCAUAUUGUUUGCUCAGUGUCUUUCUCUCGCUUUUUUCUCAGUCUCUUGCUGCCUGUUCCUCUUCUUACCUCCUAGACAUGAUACUCAGCUGCUGCUUGGACUGUAAUAUCUAUUAUGUAAUAUCAGCUUUAUGGAAUCUCAUCCAUCCAUGGCUUCAGCAUGACCGGGCCAAAGACUCAAUCGGAGCAAGAAGUCAACAAAGCACCUUACACACGACCUAACCAGACGCGACGCAAUAAAACAAGAAAAAACCUCUUCCAUAUCAUUUUUUGUCCUAACCAGCCUCGAUUGUGAGAAGCAAAGAGCAACUGGACACUUUCUCAGUUGCUUGGUUUCUAUUUCCACGACAUCAUGCUGGGUAGCCCCGCCCACUGUGAAAUCUCAUUGGUUCUUCAGAACUGUGCAUUAAACAUCAAAUAUCUUCUCAUUGGCUGUGAUUUUGUCACAUUACUCAUCAGUUUUCGAACUUGGCGUAUCGCACCUGGUUAGGACACAGUGUUAGUGGAUAUGUUUAAUAAUCUUUACUGUUGCUGAAUGACUGUGAGUGCAGACAGCUGGAAAAAUGCAGAGCUUUUGUGUUAUAUUAUGUAUUUGUUUGCUUUUCCAGGUCAGUGUGCAAUUCAUCAGAUGUCAUGAUAUCACAGUUAUUCAAUAAGACAUUUAGAGUUGUUCUAAACUGAUAUCUGGACUUCACAUACAGUACUCUCGCCAUAUAUAUUGUGCACAGAACAUAAUAUGGUCGUAAACUUUAUCAAGCGCAUCAGCCAGACAUUCUCAUUGUUUUAAUCCACACAAAUGAAAGUGCUCAUGGCAGAGUAGACCCUUAUUUUUGUAUGCAAUUCUUUUUUCAUACAGAUGUUUGCAGAUACUUUACUUUCCAUUUGCAAAUAAUUGCAACAUUCACUUUAGCAUGGAGCCAUGCCAAAGUUAACAUUCUGUAGCAAUUAGCUAAACUAAUACAACACAACACUUGAUAAAGCAUGCAGUUCAGUGGCGCUUUAUUUAAAACCCAAAUAUGAUUGUUUUUUUUUGUUGUUUUUUGAUUGUUAAUAAAUGUGUGUGCAGUAUAUUGAUAUAAAUGUCCACUUAUCAUGUCACCCUGUAGACAUGCACUGCAUUUACUAGAAGCAUCAUGUAAUGGCUUCAUAUCAGACUUUUAUGAGUAAUCAUGACGUGUUGUUUGAUUUGAGAUCUUAAAGUUAUUGAGAGUUUGUUUUGUUUCUUCAGACACAUUCUUAAGUUGUACCAUGUCUAUUCUAGAUAUAUUAACUUGGUUCUUUUUCUUAUGCCAAUGACUCAAAUUUGCAAAAAAGAAGAAAGAACGGUAUUUUGUCCUUUAAUUUUAUGAAUACAUUACAUGAAGAUGUCAGAAAUCUGGAACUGUUAGAAACACCACCACAUUUAGUAAACUAAGUUUUGAGUCUGCCUAAUGAUAACCAUGUGUAACCAUGUGUAACGUGCCUAUAUCUUGUACCAUAUCAAGGCAACAAUGGAUUUUUU